AUGGUAAGUGUUCCCAAUUGCAGAGAUUCUAACACACCCAGUUUCUACGCCCUAGAGGCCAUCAAACAAGGGUCCGCCGCCGUGGGGAUCACCUCCAAGACCCACGUUGUUUUGGUGGCGCUCAAGAGAAACGCCGAGGAGCUGGGCUCGUACCAAAAGAAGAUCAUCAAGGUGGACAACCACAUGGGCAUAGCGUUGGCCGGACUCGCUCCAGACGCGCGUGUUUUGUCGAACUUUUUGAGACAGCAGGCCAUGAACUCCAAGAUGGUGUUCAACCGGCCGCUGAACCUGGGCAAGGCAGUGUAUUCGAUUGCCGACAAGGCCCAGGACAACACGCAGUCUGCGGGAGGCAGACCGUACGGAGUGGGGCUGCUGGUUGCGGGCGUGGACGAGAACGGAGCACACCUGUUUGAGUUCCAGCCUUCGGGAAGCGUGCUGGAGUACGUUGGUGCGGCGAUCGGGGCCAGAUCCCAGGCCGCAAGAACGUACUUGGAGCGCAAGUACGAGGACUUUGCCGACGCGUCCAAGGAACAGCUGAUAGAAGACGCCCUCACAGCAUUGAGAGACACAUUGUCGCAAGAUAAAGAACUGAACGCACAAAACACAACCGUGGCCGUUGUGGGCAAGGGCGAGAACUUCACCAUUUACGACGACGAGGACGUGCAGCAAUGGCUCGACCGCCUCGACACCUUGUCCAACAACAGAAAUAGAAACGAGCCAGAGGACGAGGAACAAGAACAGGAACAGGACCCUGAACAACCGGCAGAACCAGCCCCAGAACCUUCCGAACAGUCAGACAGAAUGGAUACAGACGAAUAA